GAAACCUUGUGACACUUGAUAACUGAUAUGCUCAGUACGGCUAAAUUCUUGGAAUUUCUGACUGCUCUUCAUUCUCAGAAGAGAGAAAAUCAGCAUGAGGAGGGAGAACCAGAGCAGCGUGUCCAAGUUCCUCCUCCUGGGGCUCCCCAUCCAGCCAGAGCAACAGGACCUGUUCUUUGCCCUGUUCCUGGGCAUGUAUCUGACCACAGUGCUGGGUAACCUGCUCAUCAUCCUGCUCAUCAGGCUGGACCCUCACCUCCACACCCCCAUGUACUUCUUCCUCAGCCACUUGGCCCUCACGGAUGUUUCCUUUUCAUCUGUCACUGUCCCUAAGAUGCUGAUAAACAUGCAGACUCAGGAUCAAUCCGUUCCCUAUGCAGAGUGUGUAACACAGAUGUAUUUUUUCAUAAUUUUUGCUUGCAUUGAUAACCUUCUUCUUGCAGUGAUGGCCUAUGACAGGUAUGUGGCCAUUUGUCACCCUCUACAUUAUACCAUCAUCAUGAGGGAGGAGCUGUGUCUGUGUCUGUUGGCUGGAUCCUGGCUCCUCUCCUGUGCCAUUGCCCUGACUCACACCCUCCUCCUUUCUCAACUGUCCUUCUGUGAUGAAAACAUCAUCCCUCACUUCUUCUGUGACCUUGCUGUCCUGCUCAGGCUGUCCUGCUCAGACACCUCUCUCAAUGAACUCAUCAUAUUCACUGUAGGGUCUGUGGGACUCAUUCUUCCACUGAGUGGCAUCCUGGUCUCUUAUGGAUGCAUAGGGCACUCCAUCCUGAGGGUCCCCUCUACUAAAGGGAUCUGCAAAGCCUUGUCCACCUGUGGCUCCCACCUCUCUGUGGUGUCUCUGUUCUAUGGGACAAUGAUGGCAGUGUACUUUUCCUCCUCAUCAGGCCAGUCCCAUGACAAAGACAUCAUUGCUUCCGUGAUGUAUGCAAUGGUCACCCCCAUGCUGAACCCUUUCAUCUACAGCCUCAGGAACAGAGACAUGACAUUAGCUCUGGGGAGUUUUUUCAGAAACAAUAAUCUUUUUGCCAAGUGAGAAUCAGCUAACCAUGUAAUUACAUACUCACUAACCUUGUCAGAAAUGCCUUAAACAUUUAUAUUGGUCAUUCAUGUCUCUAAUACUUUCCUAACUGUCCUUUAAAUGGUGAUUGUUACUGGAUCAAUCUCUUUCCUUUUAGUCAUAUCUCUUGUCUUUUAAUUCUUCUGUAACCCUAAGUAUAUCAUUUGCAACAACACACACUUAA